GUCCGCGGCCGCCCCGUACCGUCCGGGCGGCGCGCUGCAUCCUGGGCCUUGGCUUGUGUUUAGUGGCCGCCGUCAUGAACCCCGAGAGCUUCACGGCCGGGGAGAGGCUGGUUUCGCCGGCUUACGUGAGGCAGGGCUGCGAGGCUCGGCGCGCGCACGAGCAGCACAUCCGGCAGCUUCUAGAUCAGGGCAAGUGUCCGGAGGAUGGCUGGGAUGAAAGUACACUGGAACUGUUUCUGCAUGAGCUUGCGAUCAUGGAUAGCAACAAUUUCCUGGGUAAUUGUGGUGUGGGAGAAAGGGAAGGGAGAGUGGCCUCUGCUUUGGUUGCUCGUCGUCAUUACAGGUUCAUCCAUGGAAUUGGACGAUCUGGUGAUAUUUCUGCUGUGCAACCAAAAGCUGCAGGCUCUAGCCUCUUGAACAAAAUUACCAAUUCUUUGAUGCUUAAUAUCAUAAAGCUGGCUGGUGUUCAUUCAGUGGCCAGUUGCUUUGUAGUUCCUAUGGCAACUGGGAUGAGUCUAACCUUGUGUUUCCUAACAUUACGACACAAAAGACCAAAGGCCAAGUAUAUUAUAUGGCCACGGAUAGACCAGAAGUCCUGCUUUAAGUCCAUGGUCACUGCAGGUUUUGAACCUGUGGUGAUAGAAAAUGUGUUGGAAGGCGACGAGCUGCGCACAAACCUGGCUGCAGUGGAGGCUAAAAUCCAGGAGCUUGGCCGUGACUCUAUUCUGUGCAUUCAUUCUACUACAUCCUGCUUUGCUCCAAGGGUACCUGAUAGAUUAGAAGAACUGGCUGUGAUUUGUGCUAAUUAUGACAUUCCGCAUGUAGUCAACAACGCUUAUGGAUUACAGUCUUCAAAGUGCAUGCAUCUCAUUCAGCAGGGGGCUCGGGUUGGUAGAAUUGACGUUUUUGUUCAGAGCUUGGACAAAAAUUUUAUGGUUCCAGUAGGUGGUGCUGUAAUUGCUGGCUUUAAUGAUGUCUUCAUUCAGGAAAUCAGCAAGAUGUAUCCAGGGAGAGCUUCAGCUUCACCAUCCUUAGAUGUCCUUAUUACCUUGCUGUCACUUGGCUCCAGUGGCUACAAGAAGCUGUUAAAGGAAAGAAAGGAAAUGUUUGUCUAUUUAUCUAUCCAACUAAAGAAGUUGGCGGAGACCCAUAAUGAAAGACUACUGGAGACACCUCACAACCCCAUAUCCCUAGCUAUGACACUUGAGACACUAGAUGGACACCAAGACAAAACUGUCACUCAGCUUGGCUCGAUGCUUUUUAUCAGACAGGUUUCUGGAGCCAGGGCUGUGCCUCUUGGGAGUGUGCAAACUGUGAGUGGCUACACUUUCCGAGGCUUCAUGACCCACACAGAUAAUUACUCCUGUCCUUACCUCAAUGCGGCAGCAGCCAUAGGGAUGAAGACACAGGAUGUGGACUUGUUCAUAAAGAGACUUGACAAGUGCUUAACGACAGUAAAAAAAGAAAAAAAUAAGGCAAGGGGCAUGUGUGGAGUUGAGGAUGACAAGAAAGCUGAAGAUGGCAUUGAAGAGGUGACUAGAAAACGAGGUAACACGGAGGACAACAUGGACCAGCACUGUUCUUCAUGACACAGGUUUCUUUUUGCUACAGUUCACACAAACAGUUUAAAUGCUGUCAAGUUUUUGAAUUGAGAGUUUUAUAAGAAAUAUUCGGACUGGUCUGAGGGUAGCCAUUGGUGAUUGUUUUUGUUAUCCUUAGAAUGCCUCGGUCUUUAUGAUCUUUACAGAUUAUAACAUAAUCUGUAAAUGAUCUGUUGCAGUGAUCAUUUUCUGGUUGUUCUAUUAGUUAAGCAACACAAUUCAGAUGAUUAUUGCUAAUAUAAACUGUAAAGAUACAUGUAGUUCUCACGGAAAUACAGAGUGCUUCUUCUUAGCUAUUCUCCAGCAUUCAAAGAUUUCUUUGGUUUCUGAUCACACAGAAUUGAGAAAGAUCUGUUUCUAAUGCUGCUAAAUACUAGAUGUUUGUUUAGCUGUCGCUGUGCCCAUAGAAGGGACAUUUCCCAAAGAAGCAGAGCCAAGACACAAGCUUAAGAGCAGGUAUUUUCAACUGGACUGGCUUGGUUGUAUAUAAGCAACAUGUAAAGACUCAAAGAGGGUGUUAGUGACAUUAAAUUGCAGCAGCUGGCAGUUCUGCUCAAUAUCUUACCUACUGCCUAACACAAGGUUUCCACAAAAGAAUUCUCCAAUCCAGAAUGUCAAUAGUUUAAAGAAGGGAGCUCCUCAGUAAAGAGGAGUUUCCAAAUUGCCUUAUAUCGCAGCUUGGCCAUAGUGAUGCCUGAUAUUGCUAUUCGUGAUGGGCUUCAUGGAGGUCAGUGGUCCCAUGAAACGCUGCACCUAGCGAUGUGAUGGAUAGCUUGGUUUGUUUAAGUGCGUCAUGCUGUUCACAUAUCUAUAAAAUCAGAUAAUUAUACAUUUUUAGACCAUAUUUUAGUGACGUGACUGCAAAAAUAAAAAAGAUAGCUCUGAAUGUUA